AUGAUAAGAAGAUAUUGGAACAUUAAUUUGGAAGAGAUGAUGAAAGCAGGAGUUCAUUUUGGUCAUGGUACUAGAAAAUGGAAUCCGAGAAUGGCACCUUAUAUCUCUGCAAAGCGUAAAGGUAUUCAUAUUACAAAUCUUACUAGAACUGCUCGUUUUUUAUCAGAAGCUUGUGAUUUAGUUUUUGAUGCAGCAAGUAGGAGAAAACAAUUCUUAAUUGUUGGUACCAAAAAUAAAGCAGCGGAUUCAGUAGCGCGGGCUGCAAUAAGGGCUCGGUGUCAUUAUGUUAAUAAAAAAUGGCUCGGCGGUAUUUUAACGAAUUGGUCCACUACAGAAACUAGACUUCAAAAGUUCAGGGACUUGAGAAUGGAACAAAAGACAGGUAGACUCAACCGUCUUCCGAAAGGAGAUGCGGCUCGAUUGAAGAGACAGUUAACUCACUUGCAAACAUAUCUGGGCGGGAUUAAAUAUAUGACGGGGUUACCCGAUAUUGUAAUAAUCGUUGAUCAGCAAGAAGAAUAUACGGCUCUUCGGGAAUGUAUGACUUUGGGAAUUCCAACAAUUUGUUUAAUUGAUACAAACUGUGACCCGGAUCUCGCAGAUAUUUCGAUUCCAACGAAUGAUGACGCUAUAGCUUCAAUCCGAUUAAUUCUUAAUAAAUUAGUAUUUGCAAUUUGUGAGGGUCGUUCUAGCUAUAUACGAAAUCCCUGAUUAGGAAUAAGUAAGAUAGAUUAAAUAAGAUAACUAAAUUAUUUUGUGAACUCCAUAGAUUUAUGGAAUCGGUUACUAUUCCUGAAUCAUACAAAAGAGAUAAAAUAACUGGGUAUAUUAUGUGAUUUGUUGGUAUCUAAAAUAUACAAUUUAAGUGGACAAGUCGAAAAAAAAAGAUGGUUGAAUCAAAAUAAUUCCUUUUAAAGUUUUCUUUCUUUCAGAGGGCAAUAUGAAUGUUCUAUCAUGUUCCAUCAACACACUAACACUAAAGGGGUUAUAUGAUAUAUCCGGUGUGGAAGUAGGCCAGCAUUUCUAUUGGAAAAUAGGAGGUUUCCAAGUCCAUGCCCAAGUGCUUAUUACUUCUUGGGUUGUAAUUGCUAUCUUAUUAGGUUCAGCCAUUGUAGCUGUUCGGAAUCCACAAACCAUUCCAACAGGAGGUCAGAAUUUCUUCGAAUACGUCCUUGAAUUCAUUCGAGAUGUGAGCAAAACUCAGAUUGGAGAGGAAUAUGGCCCGUGGGUCCCCUUUAUUGGAACUAUGUUUCUAUUUAUUUUUGUUUCUAAUUGGGCGGGGGCGCUUUUACCUUGGAAGAUCAUACAGUUACCUCACGGGGAGUUAGCCGCACCGACGAAUGAUAUAAAUACUACCGUUGCUUUAGCUUUACUUACGUCAAUAGCCUAUUUUUAUGCGGGCCUUAGCAAAAAAGGAUUAGGUUAUUUCAGUAAAUACAUUCAACCAACUCCAAUCCUUUUACCCAUUAACAUUUUAGAAGAUUUCACAAAACCUUUAUCACUUAGCUUUCGACUUUUCGGCAAUAUAUUAGCGGAUGAAUUAGUAGUUGUUGUUCUUGUUUCUUUAGUACCUUCAGUGGUUCCUAUACCUGUCAUGUUCCUUGGAUUAUUUACAAGUGGUAUUCAAGCUCUUAUUUUUGCAACUUUAGCUGCGGCUUAUAUAGGCGAAUCCAUGGAGGGGCAUCAUUGACUAAUUUUAUUUUCGAAAUAGUCUUUUUUAGCUUAGUGUAAGGCAAUCUAUGCCUUGUUCAAGAUAAUCUACUUCUACUUAGUGAACAUAAAUAUACACAUAAAUAGAAAUAGACAAAAAGGUCUAUAUGAUCUAAAGAAAUAGUAAAAAAAAGAUUACGAUAUUAAGGAAUUGUAAAAAAAAAAAAGGAAAGAGAUCUAAAAGAUCUUUUUCCUAGAAUUCGUUUGGAUAAUUUAUACCUUCUUCUAAUGAAUAUUCUCUUUAUAUUGUCUUGAUUAUUUUGUCCAAUUUUAGGACUCAUAAUCUGAAUAAGAAUCCUUUAUUUGUUUACAACGUGUGAUUAAAAAAAGAGGUUCUAUAGAGCGAUUUCCAUUUCAGUCGGUUUUAUUCAAUUCAACGAUUGACCAAAAGAAAACAUUAAUAAAUAAUAAAUUACAUGAACUUAGAGUAACCAAUAUAUUUCUAUGCAAUGAUUCAGACUAAUGAAUUCGUCCAUUUAGAUUGAUUGUAUCCAUGCGGGAUAAUGAUAAGGAAGAGAAGAAUUUACAAAAAAUGAGAUUCAGAAAAAAUGGAUUGUUUAGGAGGGUGGAAUCAAACUAGGUGUAUGUAAUAUAUCUAGGUGUAUGUAAUAUAUAUAUAAUUAUUAUGUAAUAUAUAAUGGCUAUGGCUAUAAGCCAACUUUCUUUUUGUGAAUGUUUCAAAAAAUGAUUUUAGAAUCCGAUUGAAUCUAAGAUACGAAUAGUUGGUUUACGUUAUGGAAAGGGACGUGUAUAUGGAAUAUUAAGUAUUAACUAGUUAUAUAUGAGUUAAAAGAUAUAUCUAAUCUGCCCGACUACUGGAGAUUUAGAUAGGGAUUCCAAUAAAAGUCCUUUCUUUUCGUUUGUAACUGUGAAUUGAAUAUUGAAUAAACAGAUUAAAUCAAGAAAAAGAACGAAGAGUUCGAAUUCAAAAAAUGAUUCGUAACAAAGAAAGAAAUGGAAAAACAAAAAAGUUGUAUGAAUUCACAAAAACUUUGUGAAUAGGAACUCAAAAAUAGAUAUCAAAGUAGUUCUGAUGAUUCAAUAAUAUUAUUGCUUCAAUUCGGAGUUCUUUGUUACUUCGACUGGAUGAAAAUCUUAUUGAUGGGAUGAAUAAUUAAGUCAUAAUUUAUUGGUUGAUUGUAUCAUUAACCAUUUCUUUAUUUUAUUUUGGUGCGAGGAACUUAUCAUGAAUCCAUUGAUUUCUGCCGCUUCCGUUAUUGCUGCUGGGUUGGCCGUUGGGCUUGCUUCUAUUGGACCUGGGGUUGGUCAAGGUACUGCCGCGGGCCAAGCUGUAGAAGGUAUCGCAAGACAACCCGAGGCGGAGGGAAAAAUACGAGGUACUUUAUUGCUUAGUCUGGCUUUUAUGGAAGCUUUAACGAUUUAUGGACUAGUUGUAGCAUUAGCACUGUUAUUUGCGAAUCCUUUUGUUUAAUCUAUAAAAAAAAAAUACGUAUUUUUUUAUUGCCUUGGACUCGCUGCUUGUUUUUUCGAAUUACGAAUUAUAUUAAGGAUUUAAUUCCUACAAUUACUUAUUUAUUUUUAUUGGGACAAUAACCCACGGGAAGGACUGAUUUGAGGAUGAAGAAUUAGUAUACUAACUCGCUUUUUUCCUUCCCCCUUCUUAGUCCAAUCGAAACCUUUUUUUUAAGGAAAUGUUGCAACAGGCAUUUUUGUUUUGCAAUUAAUACGAGACCUGUUACCGAAUUCCCGAAUUCUAAACUGAAUUUUAAUAAGAAUAAUAUUUAUUAGUAUUAGAGAUUUCAAAUUGAAAAUUGAAAAAAAAAAUGCAUUUAUAAUUCGAAUAUAAAUCGAAUAUUUUUUUUACUCUAUUUUUAAAUAGAAUAAAAAAAAAAAAAAACAAGAAAAAAACAAGAACAAUAAUAAACAAUAACAUAUAAAAUACAAUAACAUAUACACAUAUAAAAUAAAAAUAAAAUAAAUAUAAAUAAAUAAAAUAUAGAAAUAAAAUAUAUAGAAUAAGAAAAAAAAAAAAUAGAUAAUUAGUCUGUCUAUAGUCUAUAAGAAAA